AAAGAAUGGUGGUCGGUUUUGGUAGUGGUGGUAGAUAACCUUUAGCGCUUUAAUCCGUCUUUCACUUUGUUGACCUUAGGGACUGUUCACAAACGAUUGUUAAAACGCUUUAUAUCAAGUAUAUAACAAGAUAGAUAUUACAAAAUGUUGAAUAGGCCUAACUGUGUCAAAGUAUUGCUCAGACAGGUAGAAAAUCAAGCAGGCAGAUUUACCACUGAGAGGGCCAUUUCCUUCUUUGGGUCAUCAAAAAAGAACUAUGCAACUGAAGCCACAUUUGAAACUAAGCCUUUCAAAUUACACAAACUAGAGUCAGGCCCUCCCACAUCUGUGACCAUCUCGAGAGAUGAGGCUAUCAAGUUCUACAAGCAGAUGCAGACUAUAAGACGGAUAGAAACUGCCUCUGGUAACCUCUAUAAGGAGAAGAUUAUCAGAGGAUUCUGUCAUCUUUAUUCUGGACAAGAAGCUUGCGCUGUCGGAAUGAAGGCAGCUAUGCGACCGAACGACUCGAUAAUCUCAGCAUACCGUGUGCACGGUUGGACGUACCUGAUGGAUGUCUCGGUGGUGGGUGUUUUGGCAGAACUUACUGGCCGCAAGUCAGGCUGUGCCCGAGGUAAGGGUGGCUCUAUGCAUAUGUACUCCAAGAACUUCUACGGGGGCAAUGGCAUUGUUGGUGCUCAGGUGCCACUGGGAACUGGGGUCGCCUUUGCCAACAAGUACCUGGGUCACGAUGGAGUAUGCUUCACCCUGUACGGUGAUGGUGCUGCUAACCAAGGGCAGGUGUUUGAGGCUUACAACAUGGCCAAGCUGUGGGAUGUGCCCUGCAUCUAUGUGUGUGAGAACAACGGUUACGGAAUGGGCACCAGCGCAGAGCGUGCAGCUGCCUCCACAGCCUACUAUUCCAGGGGCGACUAUGUUCCUGGCAUCUGGGUGGACGGGAUGGACGUGCUGGCUGUGAAGUCGGCUAGCAUGUUUGCAGUGAACCACUGCACAUCUGGCAAGGGCCCCAUCGUGAUGGAGACAGCCACUUACCGUUACAGCGGCCACUCCAUGAGUGACCCCGGAACAUCUUACCGUACUAGAGAUGAGAUCCAGGAGGUCCGUCAGACCCGGGAUCCCAUCACUUCCUUCAAAGAGAAGAUACUUAACUCUGGUCUGGUCACUGCUGACGAACUCAAGAAACUGGACGGAGAGAUUAAGGCAAUAGUAGAUGCUGCUGUGAAGCAGGCGAAGUCCGAUGCGGAGGUGGGGAUGGACGACCUUGCCGGUGACAUCUAUGUCAACAAUCUGGAAGGCAAGAUCCGUGGAACUGUGCCAUGGCACCAGUUGGAGCACAAGCGGAUUGGAACUGCGGCUAAUGUCUAAAUGUGAUCCUUUGCUUGCCAAUCCAAUUUAUUCACCCCCAUUAGAACGAGAAUCUUUUCAACGACUAAAUAAAUUGUUAAUUAGUGCUUAAGAACCUUGUAAAACACCAUUGGUACAAAGGGGAACUUUAUAUUAGGCAGAGACUUUUCAUUCAAUACAACUGGUUUGGUUUUGUAAAAUCUUUUUAGGUGCUAAGCAGCGAUUGCUUUAAUAAACUGUUAACAUCUUGAAUUUUUAUUACUUUAUGAAAAUAUAACAUCUUCACGUAAAUGUUAUGUGAAAUUUGAUUAAAUUAGGAUGGAUUGUUUGAAUCAUAACAUAAUUUGUAUUCAGGAGUUUUAUGAGUUAUUAUUCUGACACAAUAUCAGAUAUGAUUAAAAAUUAAUCUAAGGAAAAUACUCUUUUGCACAUAAACCAUUUAUUAAUUGUUAAUUAUUAAUAUUGUAAAAACUGUAAAGUAAUUGAUUCAACUGAUAUUAAAGUGUAAAUAUAAAAUCAUAAUAAAAAUAAGCAGUGUAUUUGUAUCUAAACAACAUGUGUAUUUGUUCAUUUUUAUUGUUAUACUUAUUUUUUUAAGUAGCUGCAAAAAGUGUAGUUUUAAGAAUUUAAAAUCUUAAAACUUUUGUUGCAUAUAUGUAUUAUAGAAAAAAAACCUGAGAUACAUUCCACUGCAAUAAUACAAUUUAGCAUUUAUUUAUUUUGAAUGUGAAUCUGAACAUAAUAUUCACACAUAUCAUUCCAAUAUAAUUUUACUUUUGUUAAUUUUGUCCUAAUUAGUGUAUAUUCCUUGCUAAACAAUGUUUUAUUCUUACAGUAACCAAAGUAACUUGCAAAAUGUAAUGUAACUCAUAUUAAAAACUGUAAAUAUAACCAAGCAAAUUUAUUUGAUUUACAAGUUUUCUGUUUUUAUUUUAUUGCAUCAUAGGUAUAAUUCAUAAAAUGUUUAUAUGCUUUGCUUUCCAGAAUUUUUCAAAAAUGUUCCCCAACACAAUAAAUAAUAUCUAUUUAACUCUUUUUUGGAAUAUGCGACAUUAGGUUUUCCCUUCUCUCCUCUGCCUUUUAUUUUAGUUCCUGUAGCUUCACAAAAUAAUAUAUUUUAUGGCAUUUUAUAGCUUAAGCCUUAACCAGCCUCUUUGAAGUUUGCAUUUUUAGUGUGUAAUAUUAAAAUAAAUUACCUCAGGUCAAUGAACUUUCCAACCUACCUAGUCUAAUUUGUGAAUAUGUAACACCAAAAUUAUGUUGUCGUUUAUUAAAAUUAAUUAGUGCUUACUUAGAAUUAGAAAAUUGUUAUAAAGCUUUAUUAAGUUAUGUUUUUUAGUAAAACAUAAUAUAGACAAAAUAUUCAUGCUACAUCAAAAACUAGUGUUUUUACAUAGAGAUGAAAUUCCUUAACUGUUAAUGUACAGAUCUAGUAUACUAUAUUUAAUUUGUGUUUUUGUCAUUGUUUAUUUAUUUAUUUUAUUAUUCUGUUUUCACAGUAAAUAUUAUGUUUUGAUAUUUACAUAGAAACUUAUUUUUGUUGGUUAUUGUUUUCAAAUUUGUUGAGUAUUAGGAGUAUUAGAGUGAUUCCAUUCACUUGUCCAACUUUGUUGUGUAAAGUCUUUGAAAAUAAAAUAUUUAAAUAGUU